ACUGCUGCACACUCCCGUCCCACCAACACACAUUUCAUUGUCCCAAAGCUUGGAAAAGGGACCGGGCAUGUCUCCUCUUGUCUAAAGCCGCAUUCAGAGCAACAUUUUUGAUUUUUGAUUUUGAUCUUUGUUGCACUUUUUCCAUAAUGAUGAAGCUGCACAGUCAGACCGCGGAGCUUCACGGGCUUUGACACCUGCCCUCCUCGCUCGCUCACUCUGUCGCACCCCCCUCCUCUAUCUCUCUCUCUUUUGUCUCUCGCAUCUCUGCAGCUCACAACCAGCAGCACCGAGCAGAGGGAGGAGGUGGAGGAGGAGCAGCACGGUGUAUCUGACACCUACAGUCCCGCGCGUCGCAGCCCCUCGUCUCUCGCACAAACAUCCCGGACUGGCUGCCACGGGCGCCUCCUCCUCUCCCGUGGCUGUGUGUGUGUGAGAGUGAGUGAGUGUGUAUGUGUGUGUUUUAGUUAAGAGGAGUGGAGUUUGAACGGGACACGUUGCUUUUGUUUGUUCGCAGACCCCCCGCCUCCCCCCAAACUCUGAAGAAUAAUAACCAACAUAAUAUUAAAAAAGAGAAAAGGCAACUAAACACUGUGGAUAAGAGUCUAAUCCAAAAACUGUCGGGGAUUUUCUGCGUGUGAGGAAAAAGGACUACACCUCCAAAGAUGCGUCUGCCGGUGCUUCUCUGUGUGCUGGUGAGUCUGUGUGCCGCACCGGGCCCGGUGGCCGGGGCGGAUAGAAGCUGCUCCGACCUGCGGCAGUUCUACACCGGGAAAGGGUUCACUUCGGAAAGGGUUCCUCAGACUGAGAUCUCCGGUGAACAUCUGAGGAUGUGUCCUCAGGGCCCGACUUGCUGUACCAGCACAAUGGAGGAGGACCUGGCCGGUUUGAGCACCAAAGAAACAGAGGGACUGAUCAGAGAGGCCGGCAGGUCGCUGCAGGCUGUCUUCAAUGGUCUCCACAGGAGCUUUGACAUGUAUUUCACUGAGCUGCACGGUCGCUCCGAGCGCUCCCUGCAGGAGGUGCUGUCUCCUCUCGGCCCGCUGUACUCCCAGAACAGCCGUCUGUACGCGGAUCUCUACACAGACCUGCGUCAGUACUAUCGGGGCUCUGCUCUCAACCUGGACGAGAACCUGUCCGAGUUCUGGUCCCGCCUUUUGGAGCGCACAUUCAAAGCCUCUGCACCCACAGAUGUCAGCUUAUCAGAGGACUACCUUGAGUGUGUUGCUAAGCAACAGGAGACGCUGCGGCCGUUUGGAGACGUCCCUCGAGACAUGAAGGCGAAGGUGAUCCGGGCGUUUGUCACAGCCAGGUCGUUUGUCCAGGGGCUGUUAGUCAGCGCAGAUGUGGUCAGGAAGGUCUCACAGGUUUCUCUGAGUCCAGAGUGUGAGAGAGCCUUGAUGAAGCUGCUAUACUGCCCCCAUUGUCGUGGCGUGGCCUCUGCUAAACCGUGCUCCAGCUACUGCGCAAAUGUCAUGAAGGGCUGCCUGGCCAAUCAGGCUGACCUGAACCCUGAGUGGCAGAACCUUAUAGACACGAUGAUCCAGGUGGCGUCUAGCUUCAGCACAGAGCCCAGCCUCGACGUGGUUCUUUCUUCCAUCCCAGUUCGAAUCUACGAGGCGGUGCACUACCUGCAGGAAAACAUGGAUGCUUUUACAGCUAAGGUGUAUCAGACGUGUGGAAUGCCAGGAGAGCCAGGAACAGGAAGUCCCACCCCUCAUGAACAGAAGAAGAAGAGUGGCUCCUUGACUGCGUCUGAGUACAAACCCUCCCCGACUGCUGGACUCAGACUUGAAAUGCAGGUAUCGGAUCUAUCCAGUAAGCUGAGGGAGAUGCGUCAGUACUGGAUUCAGCUUUCUUUGGCACUAUGUGGCAAACUGGCACCUGGAGGCAACAGUCAGGACAAAUGCUGGAAUGGUAUCACUAAAGCCAGGUACCUUCCAGAAGUGAUGGGCGAUGGUUUGGCCAAUCAGAUCAACAACCCAGAAGUGGAGCUCGACAUCACAAAGCCAGACAUGACCAUCCGGCAGCAGAUCAUGCAACUCAAAAUUAUGAGCAACAGGCUGAAAAAUGCACUGGAUGGCAAUGAUGUAGACUUCCAGGAUGCAAGUGAUGACAUCAGCGGCUCUGGAAGCGGUAUGUGUGUAGGUGGCCAGUGUCCUCGUAGCAGACCAGGAUUGUAUGCCUACUCACCGGACAACAACCGAGUCAGAGGCGCGGCCGCGUUCCAAACCGGCUUCUGUAGCCUGCUGCUCCUGCUCCCGGUGACCCUUCUGCUGCUGCUUCAGCGAUGAUGGACCAGCGCCGCCUUCGGUCGAGAGUUUGAAGUCAAAGGCAGGGCUGAACCAUGGGAAGGACAAACGGGGGUUCAGCUUGAGGAAGUAAUUUUGCCAACAAAAAUAAAACCUACAAAAAAACCAUAAAAAAAUAAAUAAAGGAGACAUUUGUGGAAUGAGAAGACAUUUUCAUCGACUCAGAAGAGCAAAAACUGAUUGUAUUCUUUAUUUUACUGCGUUUACAUAUGUCUUAGCUUGCUAGCGUGUUGUUGGAAUGAGAACAGACAAACAAGGGAUGACAAAGAAGACUCUGAUGAAGAUAAUGAUGUCUAAUUGUGUCCAAUCAGCAGGCUGCAGAGGCCUGUGAAAACAUGUUCGGUGCCCUGAUAUACAAACAAGAUUUUUCUGGGUUUUUUUAAUUUAAUUUUUUGUUAUUUCACUACUUGAGUCAGAGUUGUCUACCUUAACAAACAUUGUGUACGCUAUAAAUGUUCGUGUACAUUAGCUUAAAGGCUGGCAUCAUAUCGAGUCAUGAAUGUACAGUAUAAUACUCUACUGGCGAGGAAUUCCCCGUAAUCUGUGGUGUCGUCGUCCAGAAGUCUUGGUGUCACUGCUUUAAGCGGACAGACUCAGUGGGAUUUGUUUGAAAUAUUGCAGAUAACUGAUCACAACCCUGUCAUGUAUCAGAUGUGCUGUACUGUAAACCCAACAAUUUCAAACUGGCUUUCAGAAAGAAGCUGAAACAACCACUUCUUUUUUUUUUAAAUAACAACUCAUGAUCUCUGUGAAGUGAGCAGCCUCGUUGACGCUCUUAAACUCAAGCACACACAAGCAGUUUCCUUAAGUUCUGUUUUGUAAAGACAGGAGAAUGCGCACGAUUGUUACACAUCUGUUUGCAGUAAACACACACACACGCACACAAAACUCCACAGAGAAGGUCAAAUCCAGAGAGGACCAUUUGGGGAAUGCUUGCUUGUGUUGAGGCUGAUGUACGGUCGGUCAAACCAAAGCUUAUUACACACACGUGAGAACCCUUCACCAGGUUUUAUACUCCAUACGCACCAGAAAGAAAAGAAAUGGUUUAAAGUUCCUGCAACUUUUGUACAUACAGGAUAUUUGUGAAAUAGUGUGUGCAUUAGCCUGGUGAUCAUUUACUUGGCAUGCCUGUCUUCAAGCUGCAGCACCAUACUGCUACAUAUGGAACUUCUGAUUCACGCAAAUGUGUUACGCACACACACACACACACACACAUUUUUCACUCUGUGUAUUGAGCCGGGUUUUUUUAUACAUCAGUGUAUCCAGUCACACAUUUCAUUCAUUAAACUCUGUUUGAUUGUA